CUCCCUUUUCCCUUCCCGCCCUCGAGCCCUUUCCGCCCGCCGUGCCGGGGCUGGGCAGCGAUGCGGCUGCAGUGCGAGGUGGAGGUGCUCAGCCGCCUCCUGCCCUCCUGUGGGCUGCGGGGCCGGGGCCGUGCCACCAGGGCGCUGCUGUCGCUGGGUCGCCCGCCCGGCGGGGCUGGCGGCUCCGUUUACCUCAUGGUGUGCACGGCCAGGGACCGGGCCGGCUCUCGCUAUAAGGUGCAGGAGAACGUCGAGCGGUGCUUCACCCGCUUCGUGGAGGAGGGCAAAGCCACCCUGCGGCUCCGGGAGCCUGCUGUGGAUAUCUGCCUCAGCAAGGCAAAUGCCAGCAAUUUAAAGAAUUUCCUUUCAGCCGUGAGACUGGCUCACCAAGGGACCAACAUCAGCGCUCUCCCGCUCUCAGCUGUACCAGCGAAGACUUCAGAAGUGGAGAAGCCGAAAACAAAAAUGAUCAUAACUUCAAAAAGAGACUAUCCACUCACCAAGAACUUCCCUUAUUCCCUCGAGCAUCUCCAGGCCUCGUACUGCAAACUCGCUCGGAUCGACACGCGCGUGCUCUGCUUGAAGAAGCUCCGAAAACUCGACCUGAGCCAUAACCACAUUAAGCAGCUGCCGGCCACCAUCGGUGACCUGGUGUUCCUUCAGGAGCUCAACCUGCACGACAAUCACCUGGAGACCUUCAGCAGUGCCCUGUGCACCUCCACCCUUCAGAAGUCUCUCCAGUGCUUGGACCUCAGCCAAAACAAAAUUAAAGCACUGCCCAUUCAGUUCUGCCAGCUGCGAGAACUUGUUAAUUUGAAGCUGGAUGACAACGAGCUGAUUAGGUUGCCAUUCAAGAUCGGCCAGUUAGAUCAUCUGCGCUUUCUGUCGGCAGCUCGAAACAAACUUCCUUUCUUGCCCAGAUUUAGGAAACUCUGUCUUGAGAGCCUGGAUCUCUUUGGGAACCCUUUUGAGCAGCCUAACCCUCUUGUUCCCAACAUACAGCUGAAAAUACCAUUGACUUUAUUAGAGUGUGCUGCGAGAGCUAACCGUAAUUACAGACUCCCUUACGGUUGCCACCUCCUCCCCUCUCACCUCUGCGAAGACCUGGAGGUGGCCAAGACGUGCCAGUGCGGCGGCGCCUGCCUGAGCAGCUUCAUCCAGAUCACGGUGACCAUGAACCUGCACCACGUGGCUCACACCGUGGUCCUGGUGGACAACAUGGGAGGCACGGAAGCGCCCAUCGUCUGCUAUUUCUGCUCUCUGGACUGCUACUCCGAGUUCCUGGAUGACACCCUACCUGCAGGGCAGCUGCGACUACUGACGGGCAGGGGCUCACCCGGGGGGCUCCAUCCCGUGCUGGGGCGCUCCAUCCCGUUGCUGGGGCGCUCACUGCUCACCUCCCACCCGGUUCUGAGCUCGCCUCCCAGCCAUUUGGGUGCCACAGGGGUCAGCCUGGUGGGGAGGAGCAGCUGUGGUGCACCCCGGGAUUUCUGUGCUGGGAAUAAAAAGGUGCUGAGCAUCAACCCUCAGGGUGGCUGUGUGCUUGUGCUGGGGCUCCCGGGAGGGACUUGGGGGUGUCCGGGACCGGGGUGUCCCAGGUCCGGGAUGUCCAGGACCAGGGUGUCCCGGGACUGGGGUGACCGGGAUGGGUGUGUCCAGGAGCAGAGGUGUCCCAGAUCUGGGGUGACUGGGAAGGGGGGGACCGGGGUGUCCCGGGUCUGGGGUGACCGGGAUGGGGGUGUCUGGGUCCGGGGUGUCCAGGACCAGGGUGUCCUGGGUCUGGGGUGUCCCGGGUCUGGGGUGGCCGGGAUGGGGGUGACCAGGACCAGGGGUGUCCAGGUCCAGGAUGUCCAGGACCAGGGUGUCCAGGAUGGGGGUGCACAGGACUGGGGGUGUCCCGGGUCCGGGAUGUCCAGGACCGGGGGAUGUCCGGGACCGGGGUGA